ACACACCAAGUCCUACUCAACCAAGAUCACAAACACAUAUAUCGAGUUUACACCGAUAUAUUCAACAACAUACAUAAAAACACACAUUAAAAAAGAGAUCGAUGGAUUAUUAUCAACAAUAUUCCUCGCUCUAUAUCCCAUCAUGUCCAGAUUAUUAUAAUUACUCCGAUCAAUCGUCGAAUUCCUUCAACUCAUCAUCACUCGACCAAUCUCUCUCGUGGAGCCACAACGACAACAACAUGUUCAACGUCUACGACGACAGUCACCAGUCAUCUGUUAAUCCUAAUCCUCAUCCUCUUCCUUUCAACGUGAACGACACGGAAGAAAUGCUUCUCUACGGAGUCCUCGCGGAGGCCGGUACCGACGGAGAUCAUCGGUCGCCGAUAUCGAGUUCGAAUUCUAAUAACAACAACAUCAAAGCAGUGGUAGUUGACCAAGAGGAGGUGAACUCGAGGGCGGCGCCCGAGGACGAGGAGGAGAAGGAAAACGACGGGACCGCGUACCGAGGAGUGAGGAAGCGACCGUGGGGGAAGUACGCGGCGGAGAUAAGGGACUCGACGAGGAACGGCGUGAGAGUGUGGCUGGGGACGUUCGACACGGCGGAGGAGGCGGCGCUGGCCUACGACCAAGCGGCAUUCUUAAUGCGGGGCUCGCUGGCGGUCCUCAAUUUCCCGGCGGAGAAGGUCUGCCAAUCCCUAAGGGAGAUGAAGUACACCUUCCACGAGGGCUGCUCUCCCGUCUUGGCUCUCAAGAAACGACACUCCCUCAAGAGGAAAUCGGCUAAUUCCACGAAGAAGAAGGAUCAGAUCAUGAUCAAGAAUAAUAUUAAGAGUACUAAUCAUGUUAUUAAUACUAAUCAUGCUGUUAAUAUUGCUAAUGAGAUUGUGGUAAUGAAAAAUGUGGUGGUGUUGGAGGAUUUGGGAGCGGAUUACUUGGAAGAGCUUCUAAGCAUAUCCGAACAACAAUAUUAAGAGCACCAAUAAUCCUGCUUAACACUACACACUAAUUUAAAUCGAUACUUAGUGGAGCCCAUCUAGUUGUAAUAUUAAACACCCGUGGUACUCGAAAGUAAUUUUAGUGAGGACGGUUCUGGUCCUUGGUAAAAUAAAAGUAUGAGCUCGUCCACGUGUGAUCAUCUUAAUUGUCCUUUUUGGUUUUACUUUUUCUAUUUGGAUAUGAGAUCUUCAACACUGUACACGAAGACCCAACUCUAUAUCUUCUUUGGAUAAUCACUAUUUUUGUAUAUGUUUACAGAUAAUAUCGAAUCAAUCGAGCUUUUCUUUUUA